AAUAAGAACGAAUAAAUUUCGCGCGCCAAAUAAUAUGGCGAUAUAUUUGUGGACAAUAUUAUUAUGUGUGAUUUGUGCACAGGCUUUGCAUAGUUUUAAAGAACUCUAUUGUCAAGAUCCCGACACAAAAAUGUUACACGCAGUAAAUACUACAUGGGCAGCGAAAUCAUUUUGUGGAAAUUAUACGUGCAAAUUGAGAAAGAAAAAUAGAACAAGUACAGAAUUAAUAACACCGCUAACGAAAAUAAACAUCACCAAUAUAAACAUUAAUUUUGUUAAAGAAGAUGAUUUGUCACCUAGUGCGAGUGACAAAGUAAAGACGACUGUAGAACCAUUAAAACCCAGUUUAACACAUUUAUUGAGUAGAGAAAGGGUAAUACCCAAAAACAAAGGUGACGAUGAAAAACGUAGUGACGAUUCUUCAAAAGAAAACGAUGGUGACCGUUAUUUAACUGAAAGUGAAAUAAAAACUAUCACAGAUAUGUUACAUACAGUUAAAAAGAGUGAUCUAGAAGCAAUUGUUGAUAUUUAUAAUUUAGCACAAGAUAUUUACAAGGACAUAGAAAAGAAUCAAGAAGAAACACUGUUACAAGAUACUAUGACUCCUGUCCACGCACAAGGUUUCAAUGAUAACCAACAAGGGAUAACAAGUGACAAGCAAAGAGUUUCAUAUUGGUAUGAACCUUUAAAUUUUCAUAACAGUAAAGUGAAACCUGAAGUCAGUGUAAACGAACCAACAACAACAAUAACAACAGUGCCAACGACAACAACACAACCAACUAAAAUUAAAGUCAUCGAAAAUAAGAUAGCUGAUAAUACAUACUUUAAAGGGUCAUUAACAGAUAAGGAUUUUAGAAAACUGCCUUAUUAUUAUCCAAUGUCGACCUUCCAGAGAGUUUCAUCGUAUACACACACGAUGAAACCGAAAAAUGGAAUAGAUCCGGUAGCCAAUGAUGUCAAAGCUUGCAAGAAACUCCCAUUAUUACAGCCUCCUUCGACCACCAAUAACUAUGUCCUCCCAUCAUGGAUAAAUAAAUCCUUAAAGAAAUCCUAUUUCGCUGUAACACCUCAAAAUGUAUUCGAGCCAUCACUUUUGCUUCCAUUUCCCUUCGCAUAUGUGAAUAAUAAUAAUCUAACAGCAUACCCUCCUAGUUAUUACUACGAUAAUUAUAACGGAUAUCCAUGGGCACAAUUAAAUAUUUAUAACAGAAAUAGGAACUUCCAUCAAUCGUACUUAGGUACUGCUUACAUAGCUAGGGUUCCUGGUGAAUCUAUGUAUAUCAAACCUAAUGUAAAUAGUGAAUAUGAAGCACAACGGGGAACAAUUACUAGAGAUGACAUAAUAGAUAUAAUAUCCAGUUUAAAAGAUAAGGAAAUGAAGAAAUUACCUGAUUGGCAGACUAAUCCAUUGCCGGAGAAAGUGAUCGAAGAAGUCAAAGGGAAUGCUGAAAAAUCGAAGAUCUUGAAACCUUUAAGAAAGAAAGUGAGGAUAGAAAGGAUAGGAAAACUAAUAAAACUAGAUGAAGGAUCAAGAUCUAAGAGAAGUAUUGACAACGAAGAUCCAUUCGAUAGUAUUGAAGAUUAUGAAACUUAUAUUACUACAACAACGUGUGAGCCGAGCACAGAAAUAGGAUUCUUCCGUAGAGGGAACAUGAGUAGAAUGUUCCCAGAAUGUUGCCCAGAGAGAAUACAAAGCUGACCACAAACAUAAACGACACGGAACGCUUAUUGGAUAUUUUGAAAUUCGAAUUAAUGUUUUAAAUUCAAAUUUGGAA